AUUAAAGAUUAUAAUCCAUGGAAAGUGUUUCUCUCCUCCUCCUCCUACUAUCCUGGCUUCUGUUAUUAGCAGUUUCCAAUAAUCCAAACAGUUCCCAUGCAACCCACGACAUCAUUAACUCCACUCAAAUCCUUAAAGAUGGAGACACCAUCAGUUCCUCCGGCGGACGUUUCGAACUCGGAUUUUUCAAACUCGGGAGUCCCUUCAAACAAUAUCUUGGCAUACGCUACAAACAGAUCCCUGCUAAGACCGUAGUAUGGGUUGCCAACAGAAAUGUUCCAAUCAUCGCUAAUGCAUCGCAGGUUGUCUUGAAAGUCGCUAAACCAGGCCUGCUUCUUGUUCUUAAUAUUAACAAUGCCGCCAUUUUAUGGUCUACUAACACGUCGAGAGCAGUGCAGAAUCCCGUGGCUCAGUUAUUGGAUUCUGGAAACCUUGUGGUGAGAGAUGCGGCGGACGAAAACCCAGAUAAUUUCCUGUGGCAGAGCUUCGAUUAUCCGGCGCAGACGUACUUGCCGGGCGUGAGGAUGGGUAAGAAUUUGGUUACCGGGAAAGAGGUGUACAUGACGGCGUGGAGGAGCGACGACGAUCCUUCGUCGGGAGAAAUCACGAUGCACUGUGAUCCCUCCGGGUAUCCACAGACCGUCAUCAGAAAUGGUUCCACCGUGAUUUACCGGACGGGGCCGUGGAACGGGCUCCGGUGGAGCGGAAUUCCGUUUUUAUCAAGAAAUCCCAUCUACACAUACGAUUUAGUCAUGGAUCAGGACGGAAUGUGGAUUGCAUAUCAGCUUCUAAAAAACUCAGUUUACAUCCAUUUAACCUUGACGCCUGCAGGUGUUUUACAGAGGGAGAUGUGGGUGGAACAGGGAGGAAAAUGGUAUCCUCGGCCUGGGCCAAUGAUUGAAACAUUAGUAGUGCCAUUAGAUGUUUGUGAUUCCUAUGGAAUAUGCGGUCCAAACGGACUGUGCAACAUUGAUGACUCUGCAACUUGCACUUGUUUGGACAAGUUUUUGGCUAAAUACGAAGGGCCGUGGGACAUGGGUAACUGGUCGGAAGGGUGUGUUCGAAGAACGGCGUUGAACUGUAGUGAAGGAACAGACGUGUUUGUUGAGUAUUCUGGGAUUAAGUUGCCGGAUACGAGAAACUCGUGGUUUAAUAGGACGAUGACACUUGGAGAAUGUGAGCAAGUUUGCCGGAGGAAUUGUUCUUGCACGGCAUAUUCAGUUGUGGAUAUUAGCAGUGAUCCAGGAAGUGGGUGUUUGCUUUGGUUUGGAGAUUUGAUGGAUACCAGAUCUCUUUCUCAGAAAGGGCAGAGCAUAUUCAUCCGGAUGGCUGCUUCUGAGUUGGCAGUUUUUUAUGGAGUCUCAUCAAACUCAAAGGUAAAGAGAAGAAACAUCCUUAUAGGGAGCUUAUCAUUAGCGUUUGGACUUACUUUGCUAGCACUAGGCUUGGGUUUUUAUAUGUGGAAAAUGAAGAGGAAGGAAAAGGAGGAGAUGAAAUCAAAACAAGAUUUUGAGUUGCCACUCUUUAACUUAUCUACUAUCACAAGGGGUACAAAUAAUUUCUCAUCCAACAACAAGAUCGGAGAAGGUGGAUUUGGACUUGUCUACAAGGGUGUGCUAGAAGAUGGAAUGGAAAUAGCAGUGAAACGACUCUCGAAGACUUCUAUGCAAGGGCUUGAGGAGUUCAAGAAUGAAAUUAUCUAUAUUGCAAAGCUUCAACAUCGAAAUUUUGUAAAGCUUUUAGGUUGUUGCAUUCAAGGGGAAGAAAUGAUGCUAGUCUACGAAUACAUGACCAACAAAAGUCUUGAUGCAUUUAUAUUUGAUUCAAUAAAGAGUAAAUUACUUGAUUGGCCUAUGCGCUUCAACAUUAUCAAUGGCAUUGCUCGUGGGCUGUUAUACCUUCACCAAGAUUCUCAACUAAGGAUUAUUCAUAGAGAUCUCAAAGCCAGUAAUGUGUUGCUUGAUAUGGAUAUGAAUCCAAAGAUAUCAGACUUCGGCUUAGCUAGGAGUGUAAGUGGGAAUGAGAUUGAGGCAAACACAAGACAUGUUGUUGGAACACUUGGCUAUAUGUCUCCAGAAUAUACAAUAGAUGGACUUUUCUCAAUUAAAUCAGAUGUGUUUAGUUUUGGAGUUCUUGUGCUUGAGAUUAUUAGUGGUAAGAGAAAUCGAGGAUUUUCCCAUCCAGAUCACCACCUUAAUCUUCUUGGCCACGCAUGGAUGCUUUAUAAGAAAGAGAAAUCAGUAGAGUUACUGGAUCAACAUUUAGCUGAUUCUUGCGACGCACCGCAAAUUAUACGAUCAAUUCACAUAGGUUUGUUAUGUGUGCAACAAUGUACUGAAGAUAGACCAAAUAUGUCUUCUGUCCUGAUGAUGUUGACCAAUGAAAAUUUGUUAUUAUCUGAAGCUAAAGAACCUGGUUUUUUCACUAAAAGAAAGAUGGCAACUUCAGAAUAUUCUUCUUCCAGCACUCGAGGAGAUAUUUCAAUAAAUGAAGUCUCAUUUUCACUCAUAGAUCCCCGAUGAGCUGGAAUCAAACCUAUUGAGAGCGCCGCCUUUAUUAAGGAGUUAUGCACAAUAACUAUGAAGGAGUCAUUGCACUUAUUAAGGAGAGCGUUACAGUUAUUAUAAAGCCUAUUUUACUUAUUAUGCCAGAUUUAUUAGCCACUGGCCAAUAUAAAUACUGAGCCCUUGUGAUUGGCAAAGAACACACUCAAAUCUUAUAGUAAGAACUAUCAAAAAUACAAUUGCUUACUCCUUGCUUAC